AUGAAUAGCAUAAAUAUUGUACAUAAUAAUAAAAUAUUUCUGAUAUUUUAAUUUUUUCUUUAAACAAUCAUGGCAAGAGGACCCAAGAAACAUAUGAAAAGAAUCACAGCACCCAAGAGUUGGAUGCUCUCAAAAUUGGGAGGAAAUUGGACAACAAGACCCUCAUAAGGACCCCAUAAAUUGAGAGAAUCAAUUCCUUUGUCUGUAAUAUUGCAACAUAAACUGAAAUACGCUUUGUAUGCAAGAGAAGUCUAAACGAUUCUUGCUGAUAAGGAUGGUAAUAUUAAAGUUGACGGAAAAGUGAGAUCUGACUUUGGAUAUCCAGUUGGCUUAUAAGAUGUCAUCACAAUUGACAAGACAAGAGAAAGUUACAGAGUUUUGUAUGAUGUCUAAGGAAAAUUCAUAUUAAAAUCAAUCAAACCAGAUGAGGCCAAAUUCAAGUUAGUCAAAGUAACCCAAAAGAAGGUUGGACCAAACAAUGUCCCCUAUAUUGUCACCAGCGAUGCCAGAACCAUCAGAUACCCCAACCCUGAUAUUCAUGUCAAUGACACAUUAAAAAUCGAUUUGGAAACUGGAAAGGUUGUCGAUUUCCUCAAGGAAGAACCAGGAAAUUUAUGUUACAUUAUCGGAGGUAAUAACAUUGGAAGAGUGGGUCUCAUCCAACACAGAGAAAGACAUCUUGGAUCAUUUGACAUCGUCCAUGUUAAAGACUCAAAUGGAAAGCACUUCUCUACAAGAAUCAACAAUAUCUUCACAAUCGGAAAAGGAAAGAAGUCCUUGAUUUCACUCCCAGAUGACAACGGAUUGUAUUUGACAGCUCUUGAAAAGAAAUAAGCCAGAGAACACCAAGAAGAAACUAAAAAAUAGUGAUAAUUCUAAAGUAUAGUACACAUUUACAUAAAAUAUUAAAUAAUUCAUUU